UAUUAAAUAUAUGGUUUUGCACUUAAAACCUUUAAUACUUCCGCUGCAAACAACAACUUGAAAGCUUACAAAGGAAAAAGUAAUUUGGGACUUUUAUUAAUAUCAUGCCUUUGGUUUUCCCGGCUAAACUUUUUUUUUUAUUUUUAUUUUUACUUUAUUUAAAUUACCUUUUUAGAUUGAAGUUAUAUCCAGCACCGUUUAGACCCAAUAAUACAGGAACGUUUCUAUUGAGAUGUUUGAUUUACAAAAAAAAAAUAAAAAUAAUGUCACUGCAACUCAGCAUUCGUUUAUAACGGAGGGACCCCAUUGCUGGGAACUGCAGCAUCACUCAGCAAUCGCUCCCUCUAUGGAAAUGAAUUGUGGGCGUGUUUCCACACUGCUGCAGGGUCGUCUUCAAGGUGAGGGGCUUGUCGAGGCCUGAUUAAAAGUUGCAGAUAUAAUUGUCGGUGCGGUUGGCCACUCACUCAUCUGGUGUCCUAUGAUUCUUUCUAAUUUAGUAGCCUUAUCAGUGUUUGAGAACGUGAUUCCCUAGAACCCAUCGCUAAUAACCACCCUGUGAAGGACCCAAAUAAAACAUGCAUAUAACCUAUCUCAAAGGGAAGUUUAAAUGAUGGUGAUAAUUAUAAUUCAGUGUUUAUUGUACAGCUUAUGCUGUAUCUUAUCCCUGGGCUCUUAACCUACAAAGUUGUGAUGUCUGUGCUUGAUUAAGCAGCUUGAGCUUUCUAUGCCGUCACACAUGGCUUUGCAUUGUGUGCAACUAUUCAGCAACAAUCAUGAGAAAAGAGAAGGAUCUCAAUGACCUCACAAGGGGCAUGAUAGUGUAUUAUAGUGUAUUCUUAUUGUAUUACUUGUAUUGUAACGCUUGAAAUGUUUUUGCCUACGAUUGUAAGUCGCCCUGGAUAAGGGCGUCUGCUAAGAAAUAAAUAAUAAUAAUAAUAAUAAUAAUAGUGGCCACAUGACCAAAGUAUCCAUCAGGACAGUCCCAGGUGUUCCCUGAAUGGCAGCAUUUGCACAAAGCCACCAUCAGAAAGAAAGCACGACUCCAGUUGCAAGCAGGUCAUGACGGAUCAAGUGUGUGUACGUGUGCAACAUAUUGUGACAAGCAACAGAUGCCUCGUCCUAACACGAACAGAAAGAAGUGUGCUACACAAUAGUGUAUGCGAUGUGGUUUAUGCAUGCACACUACCCUGGCAUAAAAUGUAUUUUAUGCUCGGAGCAGUAACUCCGCACCACUCAGAAUAAAGAACAUUUGAAACUUGUUACCCUUUUGAUGAUAUGUAACAAAAAGUAAAUUUUCAUUCAGCAUUUUAAACAUACUGGACGUGGUUUGCUAAGAUUUCAGCUCACAAAGCUUGAGCUAUUUAAAUAUACAUAUUUUUUAACUUUUCAAUGAAUUAAGAGUUUUGCACUUAUGUAACCCCAGGUGUCAUUUUCAUACUGUUUUCAAGGAGGAUCAACUGGAUGAUUCAGUUUUAUUAGUUACAUCAUAUUUUACAUUUUAAAUACAUUUGCAUGACCUGCGUGUCUAGUGUGCACGAAGCCCUAUAAAGACUAACAUCCGCAUCCUUAGUCCAGACUCUGUACACCUCUCAGCCGCUAUGAUUCUUUUGCAAUCAUCCCGAAAACUAUCUGCUUUGAAAGAUAUCCUUCUUCAACAGCUGCCACACUCAAUCAUGGUUUACGGGGCUGUUGCUCAAAUUCGCCAUGGUAACGCAUGUAAUCUUGAGGUGUGCGUGGAUUCUUGGCCUGCCUUCAAAACUGUAGUCUGUCGACGUCAAAGAAAGGCCAUACAAGAUCCUCAUAAUCCAUUUUCUAAUCUAUACACACUGUUCACCAAGGAUGUGGCCAGUCUGAGGACAAUGCUGAAGGACAAGACAGUAAUCAACUGGAAGCAACCCUGUCAUUUCCUAGCUUUUCCAAGCUCUCUCUUUGAUGCCGUCCAGGGAGAAAAACAGAAAAUAGAUCAUAUGAUUGAUCCCAGUUGCAUUUUAAUUCAUCAUGAUCCACAAAGUCUUCCAGAUGUGAGGACUGACGUGGCGCCAAGAAUAUCGAGCCUUAGAGUUACUCACGCUGAGAUAGUGAACCGAAGUGUGAAAUAUGGCGGUAGUGAACACAGCCUUAAUUAUAUAAAGACCUGCAUCCAGAACCUUCCAAGUUGCUGUAUCCUGGAUGAUAAUGGCAGCCCCAUCUCCUGGGCUCUGCUUGAUGAAAGCUGUGCCAUUCGAAUGGGAUUCACAUUCCCUGAGUAUCGUAGGGUCGGUUACAUGAAGGUGGUCCUUGCUACACUUGCAAGGAAAGUACACAUGAUGGGCUUUCCAGUCCACCUCAGUGUUGAAGAAAAUAACACAGCCUCAUUACAUGCAUGUAAGAGUAUGGGCUUCACAUUAUAUCCAGAUUUAUAUUUAAUGUUUAACUAAUUCCAAGUAGUUUACCCUGAAGCAGUGCUGUGCAAGACAAUAUAAGAAGAUAUUGGAAAACAAAAGACAACAUUUUAUGUGUUUAAGUGAAUGUAGCUUUUUUUUGGCAGAAAUGUUUAAAUGUACAGCAACAUAUGCACAUGCAUUACAAUCCAAUAAAGACAGUGAA